CUGUACCUCAGAGAGCAAACUGAUUCAUAGACUCAGAACCUCGUGUAGCCAGAAGCUCAAGACUCAGGAAGAAGAUAAAAUGAAUAAUAACAUCUACAUGAUACUCUUUCUUUUUCUUCAUGAAGUCUGUGAACAUAACUGCAAUGUUGCUCAAGUGGAUCAGGUUUUAACUGUAAAAGAGGGAGGCAAUGUAUCGUUACCUUGUCUUAUUUUAGAUGGUCAGUUACACCGAGCACUAUGGUAUAAACAGGUUCUUGGAGAGAAACCUGUCUUAAUAGUGUCAUCAUAUCACCACUCUCAACCGAAUGAAUUUUCUCCUGAUUUUGAAGCAAAUCAUUUUCAUGCAGUGAGAAAAGAUGAUAUCUUUAACUUAACCAUCCUGAGGACCUUGAAAUCUGAUUCAGGCACAUAUUUCUGUGGCGCUGCCUUUGCUAAUAUUAUUUCCUUCAGCACUGGAACUGUUUUGCUGGUUAAAGGUUCAGAUAUCAAACCUGCUGUUUUUCAACAGCCUGUGCUUGGUGUUAUGAAGCCAGGAAGCAAUGUGACUCUGCAGUGCACAGUAGAGGCGAAGAUGUGUGAGAAAGGAGUACAGCUAGUCUACUGGUACAGACGCAGUUCAGACACAAUCCAUCCAGGAAUGAUUUAUACUCAUGGAAACAUCAAAAAUGAGUGUGGAAAGAACUCUAUAGUCUCCAUUCAUACGCAGAGCUGUCUGUACAACCUCCCCAAGAUGAAUGUUGGUCUCUCUGAUGCUGGACUAUACUACUGUGCUGUGGUAACUUGUGAUGAAGUUUUAUUUGGAAAUGGCACAACAUUGAUCAUUGAAGAUGAAUUUAAUACUGAGAGGUUGCAGUAUUUUAUUUUAAUUGGCCUUGCAGUGCUGUGUACAGUCAGUUUUACAGUCAAUAUUGUUCUCUGUAUACCACUGAGAAAAAAAGAUAGAACAGCUCAACAAAUCCAGACUGCUAAUAACGAUAGAACAAGAGUUCAGUACCGCAACACUGAUGACAUAAACUAUGCUGGCCUGAACCUUUCCACAAAAAGAGGUCAGAGAAAAAGGACCUUAGAGGAGACAACGUACUCUGAACUGACAUUCAGUGCAAUAUUCUGGAAGUAUUCUGCAGAUGGAAAAUGUAGCAGUUCAAGUGGGGGAUGAUGUGACAUUUCACUGCUUUCACCCAAAAGACCAACUGAAUAGAGUUAUGUGGUUCAAACAGACUCUGGGAGAAAGACCUGUUCUUGUAGCCUCUUCAUAUCAUUGGACUCAAGAUAGUGUACUUUAUGAUGAUUUUAAAAAGUCAAA